AUGAAAUAAAUGAUAUUAAUUGCAUUCAAAUAAUAAAAUAUGAAAAAGAUAUCUUAUAGUUUCACCUAGUUAAUGAAAUUGCAUUUGCAUGAUUAUCAUGUCAAUCUCAAAGCCAAAAUGGUUCCAUUUGCUGGUUAUGAUAUGCCUGUCCAAUAUCCACAAGGUGUUUUGAAGGAGCAUCUGUAUUGCAGAGAGUCAUGUGGAUUGUUUGAUGUAUCACACAUGGGACAAGUCAAAGUCUUUGGAGAAGACAGAAUGAAAUUCGUAGAAACCCUCACCACUGGAGAAUUCCAAAGUAUGUAUUAUUGUCAUUAAUCAAUCAAUUAGCAAAGAAAUCAGGACAAAGCGUAUUGUGCUUGAUUUUGAAUGAAAAAGCAGGCAUCAUUGAUGAUACAAUAGUUGCUAAAAGGGAUGAUCAUAUGUAUCAAUUUUUAUUCAAUAUAAAAGUCACAUCGUUGUAAAUGCUGGCAACAAGUUUAUCGAUAUGAAACAAAUGGAUAAAAUCAUUAAGGAUUAUAACUACAAAGUCUAGUAUGAGUAUCUCAAAGACAAACCUUUGAUAGCUGUCUAAGGUAGUAAUAUGAAUCUAUUUUUAGGACCAAAUGCUCACAAAGUUUUGAACGAAGUCUUCGGAACAGAAUACAAUUUAGACAAGAUACCAUUUAUGUUUAUGGUGAAUAUCUAGAAGAAUGGAAUAGACUAUCAAAUCAAUAGAUGUGGAUACACAGGUGAAGAUGGCUACGAAAUAUCUGUUGAGAGUUCUAAAGCAUAAGAAUUAUGUGAGAAAUUAUUGGCAACCAAAAUGGCUUAAUUCUGUGGUUUGGGAGCCAGAGAUUCAUUACGUCUAGAAGCUGGAUUGUGUUUACAUGGCCAUGAAAUGGAUGACACCAUCUCCCCUUAUGAAGCCAAAUUAAUGUGGACUGUCAGAAAACCCAAUGUAUUUGAUUGUAUUUAAUAAUGUAGAAGGAGACUGGAAAAUACAAUGAAUCUGCUGCCUUUAUUGGUAGAGAUGCCUUACCCCAAAGACAAAAGGAUGCCAAAUUCAAAAGAAUGGGUUUCAUUACCCAAUCAGGAAUUGCUAGACCACCUUGUGACAUUGAAUUCUAAGGACAAAAGGUUGGUUCAGUUACAAGUGGCACUUAUUCACCUAAUCUAAAGAAAGGUUUAGGCUUUGCUUUCAUUAAUAAUGAAUAUGCCAAAGAUGGAACCCAAUUAUAAGCCGACAUUAGAGGAUCCAAAGUUAAUAUCACUUUGAGUCCAACUCCAUUUGUACCAUAGAGAUAUUAUAAACCAGAGAAAAAGUGAUUGACU